AUGGUGCCAUCGAUGCCUGUCUUGUUUGAGCCGCAGGGUGUGGGGUCAGUCCCUUCCAUGUCAUCCUCAAGGCGCGAUGAAUCUUCACAAUCCAGUGCACAGAAUGCCACUGAGAGUCGCAACAGCAGUUCGGAUCCCUACUGCACCUACACGAGCUUUGACAUGCAGCUCAGGGAGGGGGCCGACACACAGUCCGGCACGGUUUCGAGAAGGCAGUUUGCAGAAAUCACCAAGCAAGCGCAAGCAGCAUCUCGCGGUCUGACUGUAAAACGUCUUGUCGAGCAUCCGGGCUUCGACAUCUUUUUCGGCAUAGUUGUGCUGACGAACGCGGCCUUUCUCGGCAUCGACCUCCAGUUGACGUUGACUGGCAGUGAUGGUGACGAGCUGCUGAGCUUGCGCAUCAUACAAUACCUGUACACGUUCUUGUUCGCAGCGGAGCUACUUUUGCGUGUCGUGGCACACGGAAAGGGUUUCCUCUUUUCGGAGGAUUGGAUGUGGAGUGUGCUGGACAUAUUUAUUGUGAUGACUUCACUUUGGGAAGUUGUUGCGGGUAUUCUGCAGGAAGUGGUUGAGAGCGAUGUGGGCAGCAUAAACGGGAUCUCCAGUCUCAAAGCUGCCAGGAUCAUCCGACUUACACGGAUUCUGAAGACCGUCCGUGUCAUCCGCCUCUUCCGCUUCGUGCUGGCGCUGAGAACGCUCAUCACCUCAAUUUUCUCAACGAUGAAAUCGCUAUUUUGGGCUCUGAUGCUGUUGACGCUUAUUGUGUAUGUUUUUGCCAUACUCUUUGCACAGGCGAUCAACGAUUAUCGCCUCGACGACGUGCCGGUUGAUGACAGAGAGCAGCUAGAGAUUGCCAGCGAGAAGUAUUUCGGCGACCUUUCCAACACAAUGUUGAGCCUGUUUAUGUCAAUUGUUGGUGGCGUGAGCUGGGAAGAGGUGAUCGUGCCGCUGAAGCUUAUCUCUCCCAUGUGGGUCAUGGUAUUCGUCUUCUAUAUCUCUUUCACAUAUCUUGCCGUGCUCAACGUCGUUACUGGAGUCUUUUGCCAGUCAGCGAUUGACAGUGCGCAAAGCGACCAAGCGAUGAUGGUGCAGAAUAUUCUGGACGACAAGCAAUCCCACUUGCAAAAAAUCAAUGCGCUGUUCAAUCAGCUGGGUAGUGAGAGCACGGGGGCAAUCACAUACGAGAUGUUCGAAGAGAAGUUGAAGUCGCCUGCGGUGCAGCAAUAUUUUCAAACAUUGGGUUUGGACGUUUGGGAUGCCUGGUCUUUUUUUAAGCUUCUAGACCAAGACGCUGGCGGGUCCGUGGAGGUCGAAGAGUUUUUAAUGGGAUGUUUGCGGUUGCGUGGGCAUGCAACAGCAAUCGAUGUGGUCAAGAUUUUGCAGGACCAAGCAUGGAUCAUACAGGCUGCAGAUCGGUUUCACAGUUUUGUGCAUCAGGAGCUUGCGGGAAUCAAGGACGAUAUCGUGACCAUGAACAGCAUGUUGGGGCACGGCGACGCAGACAAACAUUCUGAACAUCACGAACAAAGACGAUGCAAAGAGGUUUGA